GCCAGCGUCCGUGCAUUCGUUGCCCUAUCUCUCGUCGCAGUGUCUCCCGUGAUUUUCAGGGGGGUCGUGGAGUUUCAUGAGUGGUUUUAUGCUGGAGGUGGUGUCAGUGACAAAAUUGUAUUCAUCGGUUCAAUCUCGGAAGUAGGUCGAUAUCUGUGGAGAAAUGAUUUUCAUGACCUUCGACAACGCUUCCUCCCUGUCCAGCUAUGCACACAACCCAGUUUCUGCGAUGGCGCGAGAUGGAGACGUGUACCAUGAUCCCAUUCAAGCAAAUUAAGACAAGCUCUUGAGGGUACUCGGACGGAGGAGCUGGCAAGCACUCGCGUACUGCGCUUGGCGCCGUGCCAGCGGAUUCAUGCAAUUCGGUAGUUGGGGCAUGAGAGGUCAUGCGGUUGUACAAUUAUCUCAUUAGUGGGAAUUGAAUGACCCUUUUGGUGAGAAUGAGUGAGUGCCCCUUGGAUGUCACCUCACGCAAUGGCAGUGCCUUUGUUGAGUCUAGGGUGUUCGAGAUGAUCUCUUCACAAUAUAGUCCACUUGAAAGUAAUGACUAGUAGCGUUGUACAAAGCUCAUGCGAGGCGAGAGGUUACGAAUUCCCAGUGGUUGUUGUUUUUCGAUGUUAUUCUCUUGAUUCAAGUUGAGGCGGGAGAGUGAAAGCUUUGAAAUUGACAGAUUCUACGAGAGCAUUCUCGCUGUUAAUCUGAAGCGUUAUUGAGAUUAUAAUGUGCUAAUUGAUGUUGGGGAUCUCGGGGCAGGAAUUUCCGAGAGCACAGUAUGAACUAUGAACGGAAUUCUUGGGGUGAUGCCUCAGGCGAGUAGCAGUGAAUGGGCGCUGUCGCAAAGAAGUUGGAAGGAAUUUGAACACGAGAUUUGUGGGGCAAGGAACGCUUUGUAAAUUGGGAAUAUAAAAUUUCUUAUAGUUACGAAAUGGGAACAUCACUUUCAAUAUGGGUUCUGAUUAUGGCUGUUCUAGUGUGGUUUUUCGCAUCAGAUCCCCUGGAACUCUCAUCUUUAUCCGGCAUUGAAGAUUUUCAGGCUCAAUAUGUCGCCCCACCUCCUUACAACCCCCUCUCAGGCAUCUCUCGUGACGUGGAGAGCAAACUGCAAGCUGCAGAAAUUUUAGGACAAGGUGAAAUCUUUGGACCUGAGAGCCUUGCCUUUGAUGCUCAAGGUAAUGGCCCUUUUACUGGACUUAGUGAUGGGCGGAUAGUGCGCUAUGAUGGGCCUGAGCUUGGUUGGACCUCUUUUGCCACUACCAGCAAGAAUCGGUCUGCCAUAUGUGACUACAAUCACAUACCAGAAGCAAAGCUGGAUUAUGAGCAUAUUUGCGGUCGUCCCUUGGGACUACGUUUUGACAAAAGAACGGGGGAGCUUUACAUUGCCGAUGCUUACCUUGGAAUUUUGAAAGUCGGUCCACAAGGUGGUUUAGCCGAGCCUGUGGUGACAGGGUUUAACGGAGAGUCGUUCAAACUAUGCAAUGACCUUGAUUUUGAUGAGGAUGGCAAUCUCUAUUUCACUGUCAGCAGCACCAAAUAUCAACGCAGACAAUUUUUUCUGUCUAGACUGGAGCUAGAUAAUACGGGCAGGUUUUUUAAAUACGAUCCUGUUAGCAAAGAGACCACGGUCCUGAUACAAGGGCUGCGAUUCCCUAAUGGCGUGGCGGUGAGCAAAGAUGGUACAUUCGUGGUAAUUGCUGAAUCCAACAUGGCAAGGUUGCUGAGGUACUGGCUCAAAGGACCCAAAGCUAGUACGUGGGAAGUAUGGAUGGAUCUUCCUGGAGUGCCAGACAACGUACGUCGGAAUGAAAAUGGAGAUUUUUGGGUUGCUUUUCACAACAAACGUACGUUUAUGGAGAUGUACACUGGGGCACUUCCAUGGCUGCGUCAUCUUGUUGCCAAGCUCCCUAUUCCUUCGAAAUACUUGUAUGCAAUGUUAGCACCGAAACCUCAUGCUCUAAUCCUUCGUUAUAGUUCCGAAGGUCAAUUGCUGGAAACUCUCGAGGACCAGCCGGGGAAGGUCGUUAAGGUUGUAAGCGAGGUAGAAGAGCAUGAUGGGAAGUUGUAUAUAGGUACUGUCUUGUUUCCUCAAGUAGCUAUGUACGCCUUAUCGUCUUCAGCCUAAACCCCCUCUUCUUUGCGCGUGUCCAAUUCCUAGAUUUCAACACUCGUUGGUGAUUCAGAUAAUCUCUAGAGCGCUAUCAUCACUUGUACCCCUGUUAAUUUGGGACAGUUCAUGCUUGUGAAUUUAAUUUUGGUUAAAAUGGGUUCAAAACACUUCAUUGUGUUUUGCGGCUGCCAAUGUAGCUAUCGAGGCACCCAUGCGCUUGAUUCUCUGCA